CUUCCUCGUGUCGCGGUAUUUACGUCACAUCCCCGCGACGGAAACGUGAACAAUACGACAGCGGCCCGAGUGUAAAAACUGAGCUGUAAUUUUUUUUCUCAUCGGUGGAGGAUUCGUUGUCUCAGUCCGUCGCCAUCAUGAAACUCGUCAGGUUUUUGAUGAAACUCAGCCAUGAGACAGUCACUAUCGAACUGAAGAAUGGAACCCAGGUCCACGGCACCAUCACAGGUGUCGACGUUAGCAUGAACACUCACCUGAAGGCUGUGAAAAUGACUCUGAAAAACAGGGAGCCCACUCAGCUCGAGUCUCUUAGUAUCCGUGGCAACAACAUUCGCUACUUCAUCCUGCCUGACAGUCUUCCACUGGACACCUUGCUGGUCGACAUCGAGCCAAAGGUCAAGUCCAAGAAGAGGGAAGCCGUGGCUGGCCGUGGACGAGGCAGAGGACGAGGCCGCGGCAGAGGAAGGGGACGAGGCCGAGGCGGUCCAAGGAGAUGAGCACCAGGCUGUACAGUUGCUUCUCACCUCCCAGCUGUUUGUACAGGAUCUUUUUUCUCAGAGGAAACCUUUUUUGAAUUUCAGUGUCUUUUCUUUAUUUUUCCUUUUUGUAUAUUAAAAGUGCUUCAUAUGAAGAGGAUCAACUGGACUUUGGGCGUUAUUACAGCAUUGUUGACUGGGUGUUUUGUUAUCCAGUCAGAUACUUUUGUUUUCUAAUCAUUUUCAUUACAUUUAAUAAAGUGUCUUUGAAUAGAAA